AUGUACAAGGUUAGAUAUUCAGUUCAAGGACUUUAUGAAGCUUGUGAAUCAAAUAAUAUAAAAAAAUGUCUAUCAAUUUUAGGAUCGAAAUGCAAUCUUAUGUACACAUUUCCUAGUAACCAUAACCGAACAGCACUGCAUGGUGCAUGUAGAAAAGGAAACCUUAUGAUUGUAUAUAUAUUACUAACAGCCGGUGUUGAUCCUAACCUGGUUGAUAACAAAAUGAAAUCUCCCGUGAGGAUGGCUGCUAAAAGUGGUCAUAGUGAUGUUGUUCAAUUACUUAUAGACUUUAAUGGUAGCCCUGAAAUCAAAGAUAUACAGGGUAUGACCGCACUUCAUUUGGCUGCUAAAAACGGAAAAUUAGAAUGUUGUAAAAUUAUACUUAAUAAACAACCUUCUAUGGUAAAUUGGAAGGACAAUGGUGGAUGGACUCCUCUCGUGUGGGCUUGUGAAAAUAGUCAUAGCGAUGUCGUGAAGUUUUUUAUUACAUUUAAACCAAAUACGAGGAUAUCAGAUGAUGAAAAUAAUGUUGCAUUACAUUGGGCAGCAAUUUCGGGAUGUCUUGAAGUUGUUAAAAGUUUGGUGGAAUAUGAUCCUGAAGUAAACAUGUUCAAUGGAGCUGGUGAAACAGCAUUACAUAUUGCUGCUCGUAAAAAUGCUAUAGAUAUAGUAACGUUUCUACUAGAUAAAGGAGCUAUGGCCUGGCAUAAAAAUAAAGCGAAAAAAAGACCUAUAGAUCUCUGUCUUCCAAAUUCCAAAUGCUAUAAUAUAUUAAAAAAUGUUUCGCCAGAACAACGUAAACCAGUUACUGUCAUACCACCCUUAACCACUGUUAAAUUAGAAUUUACUGAACCAGAACUUCAAAAGCCUCAAACACCUGUUUUUGUUAAGACCACUCCAGUUCUUAUAUCUGAAGAUAUAACUCAUGGCUGUGAAGAUAUUCCAAUCAGAUGUGUGAAUGAAAUCGAUGAUGAAGUACCCGUUGAAUUUACGUACAUCAAAGAAAACUGUUACGAUGUAGGAAAUUAUGUUGAUUCUGCCAUGUCUCAUAUAGCUAGCUGUAGUUGUGAUGGUGCUUGCAACACAAGUGAUUGUAAAUGUGUACAAGCAAACGGCGAUUGUUUGUACGAUGAAAAUGGAUGCUUGAACUCAGAUUUUGAUUAUUUCAAUCCAAGUGUUAUAUUAUAUGAGUGUAAUUGGCGCUGUAGAUGCCAUAAGCAACGGUGUGCCAAUAGAGUUAUACAAAAAKGUAUAAAAAUAAGAUUAGAACUUUUCAAGCAUAAACAUAUGGGUUGGGGCGUAAGAACCCUGCAACCAAUAUCUCGAGGGACAUUUGUGUGCGAGUAUGUUGGUGAAAUAAUUACAGAUCAAAAAGCAAAUGAUUUAAAAGAAGAUUCUUAUUUAUUUAAUUUGGAGAACCCCGGAGCUACUGAAUUAUAUUGUAUUGAUGCUUAUAACUAUAGCAACGUCUCGCGUUUUAUUAACCAUUCGUGUGAUCCAAAUCUAAUGUCUGUUCGAUCAUUUAUCAACCACCACGAUAAAAGGUUUCCUAGAAUAGCAUUUUUUGCUGUCCAAGAUAUAAAAGAAAAUGAACAAUUAAGUUAUGACUAUGGCAAAACUUUUUGGAAAGUGAAGGGUGGCUUGUUCACAUGUAAAUGUGAUAAACCUAACUGUAGUUUCUCUGAUGAGACCAUUAAAAGUCUUCGUAUUGAUGAUUCCGAUAAUGAAGAUACAGAGCUGGAUGGAAAUUCUGAACAUAGAAAAACAGAACAAAAUAAAUUUCCUGAUGAUAAAUUAUUAAUUCAAGAAGUGCACGAGACCAGUAAGACAGUUCGUAACCCAUCGCAACAAAGAACGAGAUUAUCUGUAGCUAAAAAUUCCUUAAAACUAAAAACUAAUUGUUCAAGUCCAUCCAGUAGUGAAUGUUCAUCAGUGACUGUAUGCAGUCUUCAAAAAAAUGAUUCUAGAGAAGCAAAUAUGAUGUCCAUUCCUAAAAAUGAAUUACUAGGAAAAACUAAAACUAUUAGUUUGAAUAGUAUAUUGAAAAACAAAGAACCUUCCACAAGUGAAUCAGACCAGUUGUUAAAGGUCAUUGAUAAACGGUCAUCAAAAAUUGGUGGUUCAAAAUUAAUACAAGACAAAUUAAAACAAGCUGUGUUAAAAAGAAAUUUGAGUGACAAAUUGUCAAAUGGAAACUCAAGUCUAUCAAUUGGUAAAAAAACAUUGGCUSGAAAAAAACCAUCAGUAGGAAUUAAUGAAAAACGAGAUUUUUGCAAUGGUAGUAAAGUGUCCCAAGGAUCAAUAAAAUCAACCAAUACUAAAGGUAUUAAAAAUUACGUAUUAAGACGCAAAGCAUUGAAUCCUAAUAAAAAAAUCAUUAAAACUUUGUCAUCUGAUGGUACAUCCCCAAAUAAUGUUUUCAAAUGUAAUAGUUUAAUAAACAAUACUAGGUUUAGUAUCUUAUCUGAUACUUCAAUUAGUAAUCUUAAGACGACCAAAAAUUCAAAGAACAGCGAUCARUUAAUACGAUUUAUUAAAACUGAACGAAUUGGUGAAUAGUCUAAAACCAAACCAAACAUGGUUAAUGGACAACUUAAGCAUGCCAAGUGUCAAAAAACUUCUGCAUCUGACAAUGUUACAGUAGAAACUAAUUAUGAAAGCUUUCCCCAUUCUGAUCAARAAAGGUAGUUAGUCUUAAUGAGAUUGUUGAAAUGAAUAUUACUAUGAUAAAUCAUAAAUAAAUUAAAUAUUACUUAAAAUUUAUUAACCUUUUGGGACUUCUAGACUGAUAAUUUCUAUUCAAUUUAUAACUUCAAAGUUAAUUGAUAUUGGAAAGUACCUAUUGACAGUGAUAAUUGUAAUUGAUGCAGCAAUAUAACCAUAAGAUCUUUUAAGUUUAAAAUUAAAUUAUUUUAUUCAUUUAAUAAAUGACUGAGUAUCUAAC